UUUACCAUCCCUAUACCAUCACAGCGAGUAAACAUUUGUUGAGUUCUCCCGGCGGCUAAAACCCUAGCUCGGCUCCCGCCGCCGCCGAGGGAGGCCAUGGCCAUGGAGCACCUGCGGUGGCGCCCCACGGUGAACGAGCGCGACUUCAUCGAGCGAGCCGUCCAGUCCGACCUCCGCGUCGACGGCCGCCGCUCCUUCGACUUCCGCCGCCUCGACAUCACCUUCGGCAGGGAGGACGGCUCGUCGCAGGUGCAGCUCGGGGAGACGCGCGUGAUGGGAUACGUGACCGCGCAGCUGGUGCAGCCGUACAGGGACAGGCCUAACGAGGGGACGCUAGCCAUAUUCACCGAGUUCUCGCCCAUGGCUGAUCCUGCUUUCGAGCCCGGGAGGCCUGGGGAAUCAGCAAUUGAGCUUGGCCGAGUUAUCGACCGCGGCCUGAGGGAGAGCCGAGCUGUGGACAUGGAGUCGCUAUGCGUUGUUGCUGGCAAGCAUGUCUGGUCUGUGCGUGUCGACAUUCAUAUUUUGGACAAUGGAGGGAAUCUCAUUGAUGCAGCUAACAUUGCUGCAUUGGCAGCUCUGUCUACUUUCCGAAGGCCAGAAUGCACGGUUGGAGAAGAUGGCCAGCAAGUCACAGUACAUGAUCCUGAGGUUAGGGAUCCACUCCCUCUAACAAUUCAUCAUAUGCCCAUUGCUGUAACCUUUGCAUAUUUUGGUGAAGGUAACAUCGUGGUUGUUGAUCCAACAUACAAAGAAGAAGCAAUAAUGGGAGGAAGGAUGACUGCCACAGUUAACUCGAAUGGUGAUGUGUGUGCCAUCCAGAAAGCUGGUGGAGAGGGUGUCAUGUCGAGUGUUAUCAUGCAGUGCCUAAGAAUUGCUUCAGUUAAGGCUGCUGAUAUUACAAGCAAAAUAAAGAGUGCAGUAGACAAAUACGCCACCGAGAAAGCCUUAAAGAAAGUAAAGCGUCUUCCAGCCUCAGUGCCUCAGAAAGUUAAUGUUCCUGAUGUAACUAUGGAGAACAAAUGUGAUGGUGAAUUGGAGAGGCAAACUGUGAAGACACUCAGUGAUGUUCAGCAGAUAAGCAAAGGUGAUGAGGAUCAUGAAAAUAUGAAAAGGAAUUCACCCUUGACUGGGGACAGAAUUGCUAAACACAAACAAACAUCAACAUUCGUUGGUGGCCCAUCAAAUUGGGACCCAUAUUCUAAAGGAGUUUCAUUAAGCUCCCUCAGAAUUUCUCAUUUACCUGAUCCCGCAAAUAUUGUUAAGGCGAACAACCAUGAGGAUGCCAAACCAAUGUCAACUGAAUCCAAUGCUGAGGUGAAAAGCACAUCAAGCUCUGGGGCUGCUGGAGAGUCUGACGAAACCCAGGAAAUUAGAUCUCCAAAGAGUCUAAAAGAUGCUGUCAAACCAAAACAUAAAAGAAAGAAGAAAAAAAGUGACAGGAGCUAGCUUAACUGCAAUUCUGUAACUGCUGGGCCUGUCGGGUAAUAGUUGUGUGUUGUAUUUGCCUCUUAACAUUCUUGUUAAUUACUCCUUCCGGUCAUAAAUAUCUGUCACUUUUAACUUUU